GAGGUGACUCGCCGUCGAGAUGCACCAGGUGCCUUACGGACACAGCGGUACCUCAAGCGAAGGCCGAAACGAUAGGAUCUUCUGGGAGCAGCAGCAACAGCAGCAUCAGCAGCCCGAGUGCGCCAGGCGAGUGCUGCAACAGCAGCAGCCUAGAUCUCACGGUCGUCGAUUACGGCGGCACGACGCCGGGCCCGACGCGGACCGCGUGUCCUCCCUGCACUGUCUGGGCCCGGUGCGCACCGUCCACGCUAAUGCUCCGCCGUCGCUGCCAUCGAAUUUGCUGCUCAUAGGAUUAGCCCUCUGUUGUCUCGCCCUACCGGCGGUACAGCCGCGUCUCAGUGGCCACCAUCAAACGUGUCCGGGUUGCCCACAUCAACAACAGCAGCAGCAACAACAUCACCAUCAUCAUCACGUUCACCACGAGGGUCCGCCGAGGGGCGGCCUGUUCAAAGACACCGCCACGCCUAGCCCCGACGAUCUCAGGCUGGAGGCGAUCAAACAUCAGAUCUUGCAGAAACUUGGCUUGAGGACUCGCCCGGACGUUAACAGGACGUUGGCCACUGUGCCCCGGCACUUGGCCCUGGAGACCCUUUACCGGGCGGAGGCGCAAACGCCGCCGCGCUACUCCGACCGGUCGAGGGUCGACUACGAGAGUGAAUAUUCGGGCGAGUUCCUCUACGGCGGCGACGAGUACUCGUAUAGAAAUCUGGAUCAGGAGACCACUACCACCGAGGGUAACGCUAGGGCCACCGCCAAAUCCUAUCAGGGCUACGAUGAUGUUCAAGAGGAACUAGAUGAUUUCUACGCGAGAACUUCGGAGAUUAUCACCUUCGCCGAACCCGGGCACACGUUGAAUGGCCAGCCAUUGCUGGAAUUUCCGAUGUCGAGUGGCGAACCGGCAUUGGAACCUCUGAGAAUCAAAAGGGCCACCUUGUGGGCAAGAGUUGAGCUCAAGCAUGCCCAUCACUAUCAGCAUCAUCGUCACAGUCAGAUAAACCAAAGAAAUAUCACUCUCUGGGUAUUCAGAGUGCACUGCGGUAAUACGACGCAUCUCCGAGGCAAGGAACUCGGGCAACACCUAGAGAUGGUGACAUCUCUUGUUGUGAACGUCGGCCAGCUCGGCUGGCAGAAAUUCGACGUGACGAAGGUCGUCAGCAGAUGGUACACGACGAACUACUCGAAAGAUAAACUGACGUUGCUCGUCGACUGCAGCGGGUGCGGCUCGCAUGUCCACGUAUCGACCUUCGAUGGGCAUUCGCCGCACGUGAUCGAGUCGUCCCUAAAUUCGAAAGGCGAUCACGAUCCGGAUAGACCGUUUCUAGUCGUGCGUACAGAUCCAGCGGCCGCGAAGCGCGUUAGAAGACGAGCGAUCGAGUGCAGCGGCGCGAUAAAAGGUCAAUGCUGCAAGCAGAGGUUCUACGUCAGCUUCUCUCAGCUUGGGUGGGACGAUUGGAUUAUCGCUCCUCAGGGAUACUACGCCAAUUACUGCAGAGGAGACUGCGCGGCUGGUCACAGAACGCCGGACACGUUUCUCAACUAUUACACCCAUGUGAUUGAGGAAUACCGGAAGAUGGACCGGCUGGCCGGCAUGCAACCAUGCUGUGCGCCUCUCAAGUUCUCACCCAUGUCGCUCAUCUACUACGGCCCGGACUCGAACAUAAUCAAAAGAGACCUGCCGAAGAUGGUCGUGGACGAGUGCGGUUGCCCUUAAAAAAUGCGACAGGGAAACGAAAGAGCACGGUCGAAAAAGAUCGUCGUGCUUCUGCCUUGUGUUUAAAAAAAAAAAAGACAAAGGAAUGAUCGCGGAAUCGUAAACGCGAGCCCGGACUCGGUCCGACAAAUCGGUUCAGAAACCGUCCGAAUUCCGCGAGAAUUGUCUCGUAUUAGAAAUGAGAAACCGGUGAACCGGAAGUCGAUCGAGCACUGUGCGAAUAUUUAAGCGCGCGGCGCUCGAACGGUGGUCCGCGCGAGGGUGGUUUCCUGAAAACACCCGAGGGUAGACUGGUAUGCAAAGAUAGUCAAAAGAACUAGGUAAUUUUGCUAGAUUAUACGCCACGUCAAUGCGAUUGCGUUUCGAGCGCGAUUCGCGUGGGGUGAUAAAGUAAAAAUUGGCCUUUCUAUAUAUAUAUACAAAAUAUAGAACGGUCGAAUACGUAGAGUAGACCUUACCGGUUGGUAAUUUGUAAAAAAAAAAGAGAAGAAAAGAGACAAGAGGCGUCUCGAUUUCAAAGCGUCGUUUACAAUACGCAUAUAUAUAUAUAAUAUAUUUAUCUAUACUCUCCGGUUUAUUUGUACGUGAUCGUAAAAGGCAGAGAGAGGAGAUAUGCGAAAAAGUAUUCAGAGUCGGUAUUCUUACCCAAGAGCUUAGUCUUUCUUUAUUAGUUGCGCGAUGAGAAUGAGAGAAUAAGAGAAAGAAAGCGAGUGAGUGAGAACGAGAGAAUAAU